AUGCCCAUCUGGGGGUGGCGACUGAUGCAAGGCCUCCCCGCUUGGCUGGUGGCGGGGGGCGGCGUACAUGGAAUCUCAUCGACUCUAGCCAUCGUCACGGUCAAACCGGUACCAAGGCCAAUUGCCAAGGUCCAGACGAAUCUCAAGCUCUGA